AUGUUUUCGCGCAGUAGACGGUUGAGCACCGAAGCUCUAAACAUGAUACGUAUCAAUAAAUGUACCCUGGUAUUGGUGAUGGUGAUGUGUUCGUGUUGCGUGACCAGUAUCAAGCUGGACGAGCUCAAGAACGAUAAAAAUCAGCUGGGCAAGACCGGCGGCGGCGGCAGUAGCGUGGCGUCCACGAGGGCGGCGGCGUCCAGACCCGCGUCCGGCGACCGCGACGGCGCUCCGAUGGCCAAGCACGCCGUCAACAAAUCGUCGGCGGACGGAGAGGAGACGUCCAAGACGAGAGCCGUGCCGGCGGACGCGCAGCCGAGCGCCCUCAAGAGCACGAUGAGCGAAAAACGGGCGGAUAAGUGUAAGGAGAAGUGUCCGGCAAACAUCAAAGAGUGUUGCCGAAACGCCAUAGCAGAAAAGAGUUGCCACAACGCCACCGAUGACCCCGUAUCAUAUUUUGUCAACCCAAGCUAUCCCAAUGAAGACUGGGACUCUUCUUUUUGUGACUUCCGCGUGGACAUCAAGAACAGAAAUGUGUGUCAACUGAGAUUGGACUUGGAAGAAUUUUCAUUGAGGGGACCACACAAGUACUUGGGCAGUUGUCGUCAAGACCGUCUAAUCAUAUCUACUACUUUACCAAACGGCAUUGGAAUAACCGAAUUGUGCGGAAAUAACACCGGUCAACACUUGUAUUUCCCGGUGGACCCUAAAGCUGGUGGCUCGUCCGUAGCACUCAUGAUGAUGACGUCACAGUCUUCAAGAUAUUCGUGGAAGGUGCGUAUCACCCAAAUCGACUGUCUUGCCGAUCCUCAGGCCGUCGCGCCUACCGGAUGUCUACAAUACCAUACCAGCCUCAGCGGCACCAUACAGAGCUUCAACUACGCAGGCGGUAUGUACCAAUCAGGUCUUGACUACGCGGUGUGCAUCAAACGGUCGGUGAACACUUGUCGGGUCGAAUUCCAGCAGGUGCCCGGCUCUACGUUCGGUAUAAACUCUAUGGAAGGACCGUCGCUCGAAGAAGGCAUCGGGCGGGCGGGUGAAGUGAGUUGCGAUCUCGUUACACAUGACUACCUGCACAUUCCCGGAGGCAUGUUGGACAUUGGCGAGGAGAUAUUGGCGGCUACUGGAAACGUGGAGGUGUACACUCCGACGGCGGAAAAAUUCUGCGGACGAAGUUUGUCCGGUCUCGCCAUCCAAGAGUUUGCGGAAAAAAUCAAAGUAAACGACCCUCUGGGCGCACAGGACAACAACACGAUCGCAACGCCGGUGACGUCUUAUGCAUCUGGACCAAUCAUUGUCAGAUUCCAUACGGACAGUGUAACUGUUAGAGAAAGGGACAUUGGAUUUUCGAUCGCCUAUCAACAACUCGGCACGGGCUGCAACAAGAACAAAAUCAGACGAUGA